AUGCCCAACUGCCUGAACUGUCUAAAGAAGUUCAAGGAUGCCUUGGGUGUUACACGUCACCUAAGCCAGCCCCUCAUAUCAUGCCAACAACAUACUACUGUGGAGUUCACAACUGCAGCACAAAUACUCAACUCAUUGAACUGGCAUGCAUCUUUUGAAUCCAAUCGAUCAUCAUCACACUAUCAGUCUUCUGCCCAUUCUGGCAGACUUGGAACUCAAAGCCCUCAUGGCUUCUCAAUGGACUUAGAUCUGCCGCCAGCAUGGAACCUGGGCCCUAACUCAGAUGGGGAUGAUAUGGUCUACCACGAUGAAGAAGCAGAUCUGGAGAAUGAUUUUCUGAUCCCUGAUGGAGAGACACUGGGUGGUGGAGCUUCAGGGGGGCAUUUUAUGCGAUUUGAAGGUGCUGCAAGGGUACAUGCAUGGGGCCUGACUUUCCUGGAGUGA